ACGACCGUAGCCAUCCGUAUCACAUCUUCACGGAACUGAACAACUAUGGAUGAAUUACUUAUUUUAAUUGUUUCCAAAGGAACGCUCUGACGAGAAGAAAUGUCUGGGUAAAGUUCAGAUACACUCGGUUAUAUAUAUGAUUGUCUUUGCCUGCACAAUAAUUACACUUUGAGAAGAGUCUGAAACAAUCAUUCACCUGGACAAACCUGAGAGUUCAAUUCAAGCUUAUUUUACACCUGUGACCUGAUACUGGUCCGAUUUUGGAUGAGGAGAGUAUAUGCCAAAUUGAUAUAAAUUUAAAAAUUCGUAUGGUUGAAUUAAAAUCCAGCGAAUGAUGACAAUUAAAACACUAUUGAAACUGUAGGUAAUUCAACCGUGGAACUGUUUCAAACCGAAUUCAUCAUGCGAAUAUUUUAAAGACAAGGUAGGAGUUAAGGAAUACUGUGUCGGCUACUAGGUUUAUAAUAAGGUUUUUGUCGGGAUGAUGCGACUGCUAAACUACCUCUUGCUGGGCUACCUGACCUGGAAUCUACGGAUAUCAGACGCACAAGGGGAAUACUGCCAUGGGUGGCUGGACAGUAAUGGAAAUUACCACGAAGGCUUUCAGUGUCCGGAGGACUUUGACACCAUGGACGCGACGGUGUGCUGCGGGUCUUGCUCCCUGCGGUACUGUUGUGCGGCUGUGGACGCACGGCUGGACCAGGGAAGCUGUACCAACGACCGAGAACUGAAUAACACGGAGUUCGCAGCGCAGCCGAUCUACGUGCCCUUCCUGAUGGUGGGCUCCAUCUUUGUGGCCUUUGUGGUGGUGGGCUCCCUGGUUGCCGUCUACUGUUGCACCUGCCUGCGGCCCAAACAGCCUACCCAGCAGGCUCUCCGCUUCUCACUGCGCAACUGCCAGGGCGAGACCAUCCCCAUGAUCCUGACCACUGCGCCAGCCAGCCUGCGCACCCCCUCGCGCCAGUCCAGCACGGCCACCAGUUCCAGCUCAGCUGGCGGGAGCAGCUCGGUGCGCCGCUUCUCCCUCGGAGGUCAGGGGCAGCAGCACGGGUGCUUGGUGUCAGCGUCUGCACCAAGCACCCGUGUCUUCACCUCUCCCUCCACACCCCAGCCGCUACUCCCACCACCCCCUCCACCCCCCUACACCUCCCCUGCAGCUUGCAUGCCAGGCGGGCGCCAGCACCCUCACUCCCAUGCCCAGCUGCAGCUGCACCAGCCCAUGCACCCACACCAACAGCCUCACCUGGCCCAGGGCACGGGCUUCCUGCUGCCCCAGCAGUACUUCUUCCCCCUACAGCCGGAGCCCUUCUCCGGGGCUAAGGGCUUUGCAGACUUUGGACAGAGCUGACGGGGCUUCCUUGGCAAUGAGGAGGUGGAUUACAGGAGCACACUGUGGGACACACUGUGGGACGUGAGUAGGGUCAUGUUCAUUAAGCACUAAACAGAAGAAAACAGACUGAAAACAACAGGAAGGGACUACCUGAACCUGCCCAGUAUGAGUUUGUUUUAAAUCAGUGAACUGUACUGAACAUGACCCUGGUGUGUUUUGUGGACAGACACGCAGUCAUCGGUUACCGGGAGGACUGCCCUGACAUGCACUGCAGUAGGCCUGUUGAAUGGGGACUGGGAGACAGGAGGCUGUGUUCAAGAUAAACCACAAGAAAGCUUCCUAGUCGAGCAGAGUACAUGAGAGUAUUGUCUCUCUAAAUUACAGGAAUGGACUUCUGCUUAGAACAGACAUGACUGUUUAUUGGUCAAUAUUGUUUUCAAUGUUAUGCACUUUUUUAUAUAUACAUUUCUAUUGUAAACAAUAUUCUGUCUUCCCUUUCUCUUUUAUACACAAUUUGGUUAAAUGGUGAUGUUAAAUUGUCACAACUUUUGUGGCAGCAACAUUAUUAAGAAGUGUUCUAGACAUUUUGUUGCGAGCUGCAGGACAUUUAAUCAAAUUAUCAUUUUGACAAUUGCAAAUCCCUAAAAGAGGGGAAGGGCUGACACCAAGUUGUGCAGUAGGGUGAACAAAGCCAAAUGAUGUACUGUGUGUACAGUGCUCACUGGCUGGUUUGUUUGUAUUUAAUGAUAUUAGUCAACACCAGUAUCUAAUUAGUAUUCUAAUGACUAAUUCUAUGAUUGUGAGUACUCGUCAUGCAACGCUACAACUAGAAGUACAUUUAAAAAAUAUAAAACACUCAAUAGUUGGUCAGUAUUUUCAAAAAUUAAACCUACUCUUUAAUAAUUCAA